AUGCCGUUAGAUACCUUCCAGUUUGCUAGGGCUGAAGCGGAAGCAUGGAAGCUAGCACAGCUCGGUCCAAAUCCGAUUGAGAGCAACAUAUCCGUUGAACAUGUACCCAACGAAGCUGCAACUGUUAUACGUCCCCGGUGGCAGGUAGAUGCAUCAUGGACGUAUAAUAGCAGGUUUUUUGGAGGUGGCUUUGUUAUUGAAACUGAAGAAAAUGUCACGUUCAAAGGAGUACUUACGAGUGCACAAGUAGCUUCCCCUCUUCAGGCGGAAUUUUGCUCUCUGAUUUGUGCAAUGAAGAUGACCAGACGGCUUGGAUUGAAUUCUAUGCGUUUUGAGUCAGACUGUCUCGAGCUGGUGAGACUGAUCGAAGAAGAUGAAGAUUGGCCCUCGUUGGCCACUGAAUUGGAAGAGUUUUAUGCAACUUUUAGUUCCUUUCAUUUUGACAAUGGAUUGAAACUGAAGGAAAAAGGAAAGACGAUGAACAGUGCCCGCGGAUGA